AUGUUUUUGGAACGUUGUAAGGCGAGGCAAUGUGGCCUGGACAGGGAGGGGCAGGAGCCAAGUAAGGGUAAUAUUCAUAACCCCAGCAGGACUCCAGCUUCUGCCCCGUCGCCGCCCUCAAACACGGCAGCAAUAACAACCAGGACCCAGCCAGUACAGCACCUCCUCCCGUCUCGCGCGCGCCUCCAGCCUGGCCUGAGGCAUCUCCGCCAGACGCGACCAGAAGGGGCGACAGGGCUGCGCGACUUCUGGCGCCUGAACCGCCCAGCGAAGACAGCCCGCGGGGGUCGCAGGUCGCUGGAUCUCCAACCACAGGGCUGGCUUCGGAGACUUACCUUGAGCUCUACCCUCCUUGCGCGAGGAGCCUGCGGUCCAGGUAGAGAAAUACCGGCCUUCCACUCCCACACAGCUACCUCCCGCUGGCCCAGCUCCGCUUCACGCCGACACCCACCAGACACACGGACUGCUGCCACCGUACCGAGGCUCACCGGGAACUGGAGCAGAGGCGGCUGGUCUCCGCCGCCCAGAGCCCGACCCUGCGAGCGGAGCAUGCGCACACGCCCCAAUACCCAGGGGCCAGUCAGACCAGUGACACCUGCGAUCAACAGGUCCCUGGAGCCCCGCCCCUUUCCCCGCCUCGAGCCUGCCCCUCGGAGCUGGCUCCGCCUUCACGCUCAACGAGUGAAACAAGCCCUAAACCUGAAAUUGUGCUGAGGAAAAACACAAACCAACUCUGGGCAAGUAAAAUCCCUUGUUUGUGUGUUAAAGCCUUUUUAGACAUUGUUAAAUCAAAGUGUUUUCAUUAAAUUGCUUCCUGCAAGUUUUAUUCUGCUAAU